AUGACCUACCUCCGCCAGAUGUACCUCGUCUUUCGCAGGGAAGUCAUUAUAAAUGACAUUCGUGAGCUCGCCGCCAGGCCCAAUGUGAACCCGACCGCCAACGACAGAGCGCGCCUGGCGGAGUUCAAUCGUGAGCUCGACGCUGUCGACCACAAAAUCAUGCGCUUGGUCGCUAUUCACGGUGACCUGAUGAGGGACUACAGCCCCGUCGCCCGCAUCCUGGGAGACCGCGAACGCGCGGGCAGACAGCUCGACUUUGAACUCAGCCCUGCUACCCAGCAGCUGCGUGACCGGAUCGUUGCCGCCGUUGAUGGUGACGUGGCCCAACUCGCCGAAGACAGACGGGAGUGGAACGAGGUUGUCAACGCUGUGGCUGCAGGCGGCGUUGGAGCCACGCCCCGCGUUCUCGACAUUAUUGCUCGCCUGUCUGCCAAUGGCAACCGUCCUGCCACUGCCAACGGAGUCCGACGCUCUGUCGUCGAAGUCAACAACCGUGACCGCUCUCCAAUUGCCAAUGGCGCCCAGCAGGUCAACGGUGAGAACAUCGACGGCGAGGAAAUGGAGGAGGAUGAGGAGCUGGAGGCGGUCGACAAUGGAGAGGCCGAAGCCGACGACGGCAGUGAUGAAGACCUCUCCAACGGCAACACAGAGAGCCGUACCAUUGGUCGCACCAGCCGUACCCUUGGUCGCUCAGAGAGCCAUACUCUUGAUCGCCCCUAG